CCUUGCUCACCGUCAUAAUUCUCCUCUAUAAAUAGGCUCUCGAAUCAUUCGGUUUCUGUACGUUGCAUUCGCAUUAGCGUAUGGUCAAAGUGGGGGAACUCGAGAGCUUAUAGUUUGGUGAGGAACAUCUUUGUCAGCCAAAGAAGAAAGGGAAUUCAAGCGAGGACAAUGGCUUCUGGACAAGAACGAGCUGAACUUGACGCAAGGGCAAAGCAAGGAGAGACUGUUGUUCCUGGUGGAACUGGUGGCAAGAGCCUUGAAGCUCUGGAGCACCUUGCUGAAGGUAUACGGAGCCGAGGAGGGCAGACGAGGAGAGAUCAGCUAGGAACAGAGGGGUACAAGGAGCUGGGCCACCGUGGAGGUGAGACCAGUUAGGAGCAGAUGGGGACUGAAGGGUUUCACGAGAUGGGCCGCAAAGGUAGUCUUAGUUCCAUAGAUAAGUCUGGUGGAGAGCAUGCUGCCGAGGAAGGGAUUGAAAUUGAUGAGUCCAAGUACAGAACCCAUAGCUAGGUUCUGUGAGUCGGUAUCUUCUUUAACUAGUCCUUGGUGUUUGGUAGCUGUAGGGUUUCCAGGAUACGUUAGUUGUAAUUGGAAUAUGUAUGGGUCGUUUUUGUUCCCAGGUUUUUUGAACCAACUCCUGCUACGUGGAGGAGACGUUCCAUGCAUGGCUUUUGGGUUUUCUUUAAGGCUUUUUUUGUUAUAUUGCCUCUUUUUGUGUAGACUGAAGUUGGCUUGUGUGAACUUCCAUAAUGUAAGUUAUGACAGUCACUUUUGUUUCGA